AAAUCACUGAUAAAAUUCAAAUAAAUUUGAUAUAUAUUUUUUUUUUUAAAAAAUAUCAAAUUGUCGGAAAAAAAAAUUAUGUACAAUAAGAAAAUACCAAAAAGUUAUAUUUAUUCUCCUUCGGAAGAACCAAUGAGACCAAUGAGACCACCUGUUAGACCUAUUAAUGGUUAUGAUAGAUAUGAAAGAGAAAGAAUACUUAGACCUCGAAGAUAUGCAGGACCACCUGAAAGAGUAGUUAGAGGUGGUAUGAGAGGUGCGUCAAGAAUUACACGGAGUUCAAGGGAUAGUUGGAGAGAAUAUAGUAUGAGAGGUAGGAGUUUAAGAGAGGAAGUUGGUCUAAGAGGAGGAAGAGGUGGUAGAAGUGAAUAUUGGGGAAUUAGAGGGAGAGAUGUUAGAGAAUGGAGAAGUGUUCCAUAUGGUGAAUUAGGUCGAAGAGAAAGAAAUUUAAGAGCUGAUGUAGGUUAUAGAGGAAGAGGUUUUUCUAUGAGAGGUAUGAGAGGUGGUAGAGGCAUACGUUCAAGAGGUAUCCCAAGAGGUCCAAGAGGAUAUAGUCCAAGAAUUAGGAGAGACGAAAGUUAGGUCAAAAUUCAUUAUCGGGUUUAAAAUCAUUAUAGAAAAUAUGAGAGAGAAAUUGUAUUUAUUUUAUUUAAGUAUAUCAUAUCAAAUGGAAGAAUUUUUUUUAUAUGAAAUAUAUAUGAUGGUGUAUAUGAACCACAUGAAAAAAAAAAAAAAGAACCGGAUCAAAAUGGAAAAAAAAGUAUUGAAAUUUAAAAAAAUAAUAUUGUUCAUAAAGCGAAAAAAAAUAAUAAUGAAACGUAAUUCAUUCAUAUAGAUCGGUACAACAUUUAUUAUGAUUUUUUACGUAAUAUAAAACAAAGAAAGGAAAAAAAAGAAUGAUGGAAGAUAAGAAAAUAUUUGAAAGAAUAUAUAAAAGGAAUCUUAAUAAUUCAUUUUUUAAAAGUGUAACUAAAAAUACAUAUAUAUAUAUAUUGUAUAUACAUUUUA